AUGUUCGAGUUGAAUGAUAGCACCAUCGAACAUGGCUCGCAGGAUAUCGAAGGAUUAUCUCCUUCGGUCAAAGCUUAUCGCUACAGUGGUAUGGACGAUUUCUGCCAGAUCAUCUUGAUUGAGGAGGAUCGUCUCUAUGGUUCUUUCCGCAUUGGACAAAAGGCAAAAGCGCGGGAAAGUGGUGCAAGUUGGGAAGGACUCAAAGACCAUUCGGUCACGCUGCCACAGAUGGAAGGCACCCUUCAAUCCGGCUCGGCGCAAAAGCCAAUGCGCAUUCGCACUUUCCACCGCAGUAGGUUUAUAGAUGACUGUAGUCGUCAGAAUAUCCUUGGUGAGAGAGACAACACUAAGAACACGCCAGACGAAGAUUAUAGCCCCGAGAAGGAAGACCACAGCGAACACCUUGUAUUCUUUAUUGAACCUACGACUUUCGAGCACGACUUCAUCAACUCGGAUCCUCCUGUUCGUACCAUUACAUUCUUUAAUCCGAAAACCAAGAUCCUCAUCGUCAAAAUACCCGGCCCGGGGCACGAACAAGCCACAAGGGAGUUCGAGGGCAUGUUUAAACUGGCCCUUACGUCAAUGGGCCUGGCUAGCAAAAUUCAGGCCUGGGGAAGCAUAGGGAUGGUUGCUAUAGAUGGCACAAGGAAGCAGGCAGACGGGGCGUGGGGUCCACGAAAACCUCCCCGCCACGCUCCUAGGAGACCUACGGUUGUUAUAGAGGUUGUAAAUUCGGAAAGCUACGCCAAGCUCCGCCGUGAUUCUCAGUACUGGAUAGAUCUAGAAAGACAGGAGGCCAAUGUGGCCAUCGGAGUUAAUCUCUAUAUAAAAAGGCCCGAGAUCACGAUCGACCGGUUUGAAUGGAGCUCCGAAAUCUCCCGCCCUAUCAAUACCACGCACUUCACCAUUCGUAGGAAGUCCAAUGGUGAAGUCUACUUUGAUCCCUAUCAUCCUCUACCUCAACUCGUGAUCCCUUUUGAAUCUCUUUUUUGA